AUGACUAGACCUGAUCUUAAGCGUGCAAUUGCGGGUUUGUUCCUGUCCUUAGCAAGUACAAAGGCACUUCCCGUGGAGAGCGGCUUUCGCUCUACAGAGAUUGCCGAAUUGAACCCGAGGGAAGGCUUUGACGUUAGUUUUUACAAGUUAGCAAAUGAUCAAGCUAGCGUUGCCGCUUACUGUGGUUCUGAUUGUACCUCUACGGAAUGUUCGUGUACCGACGGAUACGAAACAUUGAAAGAGAAUAUCUUUGGUAGAUCUUCAAAUGUUUCUAAUGUGGAUUUCAAUUAUUCUAGUUGCGCAACAUGCGAUCAUUACUUACCUCCAAACUACAAUUUCGAUUUGGGUAUUGCUAUCCCUAAUUUUAGUAUUCUGAUGACGGGUUAUUUCUGUCCACCAGAAGACGGUAACUAUACUUUCGAAUUUAGCUCAGGGAACGACUUGGCUUACUUGAAUGUUGAUGCUGGUCAUGCUCUUAAUAUUUCCACAAUAAACACAUCGGCUCAGGAUGCCAAUGAUCUAAUUCCUCUUGGUGAAUGGGCCAACAGCACGCCUCAAUCGGCUUUGGCCGCUCAGUACGGUAUGUUUUCCGGUUUGUGUUAUCCAUUAAGUCUUUUAUUUAUUAAGAAGGAGGAAGGCUCUCAGUUUGAAUUCAGAUUUGUCGAUGCAAGAGACGAUGUCCAUGAUGAUUGGUCUGGUUUUGUAUUUAACGCUAAUAGGGAUGGCGAUGAGGCCCACUCAGACUCCAGUCUCUCAAAAAGAUGUUGGGAAGAUGAUCAAAGAACUCCAGUUAAAUGUGAUGUUUGUGAAAAACCAUGGAAACCAACUUAUACAUAUCACCCUUGGACACCAACAUCUUGCAACAGAAAGACUCCUACUACUACUUCAUGUCACGGUUGGCCAACUCCUUCUUCUUGGUCAUGGCCCAGAUGGCCAUGCACUGAGAGUAAAACCACUUCAUGGCACAAAAAGUGGCCAACUACCUCGUGUUCCGAAGAUAAAACCACUUCAUGGCCUAAAAAAUGGCCAACGACUACAUCGUUUCCAAACACUCCAACUACUUUAACAACGACGACUUCUACACCAUGUACCGAAAAAUGGUGUAGUCCAGCAACCUCCAGUUCUGUUACACCAUGCACCGAAAAAUGGUGUAGUCCAGCAACCUCCAGUUCUGCUACACCAUGCACCGAAAAAUGGUGUAGUCCAGCAACCUCCAGUUCUGCUACACCAUGCACCGAAAAAUGGUGUAGUCCAGCAACCUCCAGCUCUGCACCAGCUCCAUCUAGCUCUGUUCCUGUUCCAUCUAGUUCAGCACCAGUUCCAUCCAGCUCUGCUCCAUGUACUGGCAAAGAAUGCAGCUCAUCAUUAGCUCCAUCUAGCUCUGCCCCAGUUCCAUCUAGUUCAGCUCCAGCUCCAGCUCCAUCUAGUUCAGCUCCUGUUCCAUCUAGUUCAGCACCAGCUCCAUCUAGCUCUGCUCCAUGUACUGGCAAAGAAUGCAGCUCAUCAUUAGCUCCAUCUAGCUCUGCUCCAGCUCCAUCUAGUUCAGCUCCAGCUCCAUCUAGUUCAGCUCCAGCACCAUCUAGUUCAGCUCCAGCUCCAGCUCCAUCUAGUUCAGCACCAGCUCCAUCUAGCUCUGCUCCUGUUCCAUCUAGUUCAGCACCAGUUCCAUCCAGCUCUGCUCCAUGUACUGGCAAAGAAUGCAGCUCAUCAUUAGCUCCAUCUAGCUCUGCCCCAGUUCCAUCUAGUUCAGCACCAGCUCCAUCUAGCUCUGCACCAGCUCCAUCUAGUUCAGCACCAGUUCCAUCCAGCUCUGCUCCAUGUACUGGCAAAGAAUGCAGCUCAUCAUUAGCUCCAUCCAGCUCUGCUCCUGUUCCAUCUAGUUCAGCUCCAGCUCCAGCUCCAUCCAGCUCUGCUCCUGUUCCAUCUAGCUCUGCUCCUGUUCCAUCUAGCUCUGCUCCUGUUCCAUCCAGCUCUGCUCCAUGUACUGGCAAAGAAUGCAGCUCAUCAUUAGCUCCAUCUAGCUCUGCCCCAGUUCCAUCUAGUUCAGCUCCAGCUCCAGCUCCAUCUAGUUCAGCACCAGCUCCAUCUAGCUCUGCUCCUGUUCCAUCUAGUUCAGCUCCAGCUCCAGCUCCAUCUAGUUCAGCUCCAGCUCCAGCUCCAUCCAGCUCUGCUCCAGCACCAUCUAGUUCAGCACCAGCUCCAUCCAGCUCUGCUCCUGUUCCAUCUAGUUCAGCUCCAUCUAGCUCUGCUCAAGGUCCUUCAGGUUUCAGCUACAAUAACAUCACAUCAUCGACAACGUCUCCAAGUGGCUCGGGUACUGUUCCACAAAGUUCUACUUUGAGUUCUACUACAGUUCCAUCAAGCCCAGUACCAGGACCUUCAAGCUCUGCUCCUGUUCCAUCUAGUUCAGCACCAGUUCCAUCUAGCUCUGCUCCAGCUCCAUCUAGUUCAGCACCAGUUCCAUCCAGCUCUGCUCCAUGUACUGGCAAAGAAUGCAGCUCAUCAUUAGCUCCAUCUAGCUCUGCUCCAGCACCAUCUAGUUCAGCUCCAGCUCCAGCUCCAUCUAGUUCAGCACCAGCUCCAUCUAGCUCUGCUCCUGUUCCAUCUAGUUCAGCACCAGUUCCAUCCAGCUCUGCUCCAUGUACUGGCAAAGAAUGCAGCUCAUCAUUAGCUCCAUCUAGCUCUGCCCCAGUUCCAUCUAGUUCAGCACCAGCUCCAUCUAGCUCUGCACCAGCUCCAUCUAGUUCAGCACCAGUUCCAUCCAGCUCUGCUCCAUGUACUGGCAAAGAAUGCAGCUCAUCAUUAGCUCCAUCUAGCUCUGCUCCAGCUCCAUCUAGUUCAGCACCAGCUCCAUCCAGCUCUGCUCCAGCUCCAUCUAGUUCAGCACCAGUUCCAUCUAGCUCAGCUCCAGCUCCAUCUAGUUCAGCUCCAGCUCCAGCUCCAUCCAGCUCUGCUCCUGUUCCAUCUAGCUCUGCUCCUGUUCCAUCCAGCUCUGCUCCAUGUACUGGCAAAGAAUGCAGCUCAUCAUUAGCUCCAUCUAGCUCUGCUCCAGCUCCAUCUAGUUCAGCACCAGCUCCAUCCAGCUCUGCUCCAGCUCCAUCUAGUUCAGCUCCAGCUCCAUCUAGUUCAGCUCCAGCUCCAUCCAGCUCUGCUCCUGUUCCAUCUAGCUCAGCACCAGUUCCAUCCAGCUCUGCUCCAUGUACUGGCAAAGAAUGCAGCUCAUCAUUAGCUCCAUCCAGUUCUGCCCCAGGACCUUCAAGCUCUGCUACAGUUCCAUCUGGAUCUUCAAGUGUGUUCAAGACUUCAACUUUAGCUCCUGUGUCAACCGUAUAUCCAGUUGAGAGUGUCUCAUCAUCUGUUGUCACUAUUACUACUGGGGGCAGUACUGUAUUCGUUACGACUUGCUCUGAAUGUCAGAACGCUGCGGCUUCAACGGAAACACAUGCAACCUCUUCUACAGCUUUACCAGCUGGAUCAGGCUCCGUUUCUACUGUAACAACAACUGUUAGUGGUGUUGUGACGGAAUAUACCACUACCUGUCCAGAAAGUGGUUUAACAGCUACUACUGUUUCCGAAGGUACUGAUUCUGCUUCCCAGUCGUUUUCGACCACAACGGAUUCUAUUUUAACUUUGUCAACUGGCGUUUCUAGUGGAGUUACAGUGCCUGCAUCUCAGGAAAGCACUGCACCAGCACAGGCUACCACAGCUUCAACCGUAUCGGCCAAACCUUCCGAGAGCUCUCCUGUAAGUCAAGGUGCCGCUACUUCAGUAGCUCCAAGUCAAAGCGCAAAUCAAGAGCAAGAGAACAAUACCCAAACCACUAAUUCUCAUACUACAUUGACAUCAAGUUCAAGUUCCUAUUAUCCAUCGAGCUCUCUUGAGGCUUACACUCCUGGACCUUCCGGAUCCAUAUACACAGCUUCGGCCUCAUCCAUUUUGUUAAGCUCCUACGAAGGCGGGGCGGCUAUCUCUUUCGCUAAUUCAGCGUUGUACUUCAUCGCCGCUUUGCCUCUAGCCUUGUUAUAG